AUGAACCUGCUAACCCUCCUCCUAACCACUCUCACCCUCCUCCCCACACCCUCCUACACCCAAGAAUCAUCAUCCUCCUCCACCUCCUCCUUCACCGUAACCGCCUACCGCUCCAACUCCCCAAUCAACAACCUCGCCCUAACCAUCUUCUCUGGCCGCUUCUACCUCGGCGGCCGCACCUCCUCCUACUGUCCACCUGGCGUAGCCUCCGAAGGCGAAUGUCCCCCAGGAAACGAGACUAUAAUCGUCGGUGAUAACGGCCUGUCCGUCUCCGUCCCCGGUGGCCAACAAAUCUACAUCCUCUCAACCGGCGCCCUCUCCUUCACAGCCCCACACUCAGCCUACAUGCCCCCAGGUUCCUCAACCGGCCCAUUCAGCUACAUGCCCGGCACGCCCUACGGAAGCUGGAAUUACACGGGCUCUCCGGGUGGGUUCAUAGCUUGUCCUGUGAAAGGCGGAGCUGGAGGAAGUAGUAGUAGUAGUGUACCUGGUGGGUCGUCGAGUACGCCGAAGCCGAGUUCAACGCCUACGCCGAGCAAGCAUUCUGGGACGCCUUCUUCGUCGUAUGUGAGUCCGUCGGUGAGUCCGUCUGCGACUCCGGGGGCGGGUGGCGGUAGGUGGAUUGUGUAUGUCAAUUGGAAGAAUGCGACUGUGCCGGGGGGGAAUGUUAAUGAGUGUCUUGGGUUUGGGGCCAGGGCGUGGGGGAGGAAUGCGAGUGUGGGGGCUUGGGAGUAUAUUUGA